AUGGGCCUGUACAUACUGUACUGCAGCGCCGCGAAGUAUGGCCUGCCCUUUGUGCGCACGAGGCGCCAUGCCGGCGGGACAUUGCGAAACGUAGAGUCGUUGACACAUAUGCCCGCAGCGGUCUGGCCGAGCAGCCAGGGCUCAUGCGCGAGGCAAUUGCUCUGCCCCAUCAUGGUCUCCAGACUCCUUCUCACCGCCUCACAAGCCUGCCCGCUGCAUGUGGUUUCAAAAGUCCAUGCGGAAAGGGUCAGAUGA